AUGUCCCCCAUCACCCCAACAUCUCCAAUGUCCCCGCUGUCCCCCGCAGGCUCGUCGCCGGUGUCGUGCCACCCGGUGCCGGUGGGUGACACGCUGUUCCUGGUGGUGGCCCAGCUGCGCGGCGGCUCCUGGGUGUGGCGCCGCUCGGGCUCGUCCUUCGUGCGCCACCAGGCGCUGGGCCAGGGCCACCUGCGGCGCCCGCACGCCGUCACCUCGGCUCUCCUGGGCGGCCACCUCUACCUGGGCGUGGCCGACAGCUCCAAGGGCGGCACCUCCACCGUGUUCCGCUGGGCCUCCGGGGCCUUCUACCCGCAGCAGGCGCUGCGGCCGUGGCGCCGCGACACCCACCUGGAGUUCCUGGAGCUGGGCGGGCGCGCGGCGCUGGUGGCCUGCGCCGCCGCCAGCCGGCCCCAGGUGUACCUGUGGGGCGCCGGCGGCUUCGCGCCGCACACGGACAUCCCGCACGUGCCCGACGUGUACGCGGCCAAGCACUUCCGGGCCCAGGGCGCCGUCUUCCUGUGCCUCACCAGGUUCCUGGGGGACGCCAAGGUGAUGCGCUGGGAGGGCUCCAUGUUCCGCGAGGUGCAGGCCGUGCCGGCGCGCGGCUCCCUGGUGUUCCAGCCGCUGCUCCUGGCCGGCCACCGCUACGUCCUGCUGGGCAACGACUUCGCGCCGAGCCGGGUGCUGGCGGCGGGCGCGGGCGGGCGCCUGGAGCCGCGGCAGGAGCUGCCCCUGCCCGCGCCCCGCGCCUUCGUCCCCGUCACCGCCGCGCGCCGGCACUUCCUGCUGGCCACCAGCUUCAAGGGCGCCACGCAGAUCUACGCCCACGUCACCGAGGACAUCGGCACCUAGGGGACAUGUGGUGGCAUCUGGAGGGACGUGGGGAUGGUGGCCACCAUGAUGUUGUGGAGAUGGGGACAGCUGGGGACACCAUGGGGACAUCGUGGGGACAUCCAGAUCUAGGCCCACGUCACCGAGGACAUCAGCACCUAGGGGACAUCACGGGGACAUCACGGGGACAGCCACGUCACCGAGGACAUCGGCACCUAGGGACACCUGGGGACACCUGGGGACAUCGUGGGGACAUCCAGAUCUACGCCCACGUCACCGAGGACAUCGGCACCUAGGGGACAUCAUGGGGACAUCACGGGGACAUCCACGUCACCGAGGACAUCGGCACCUAGGGGACAUGUGGUGGCAUCUGGAGGGACGUGGGGAUGGUGGCAACCAGGUCAUCAUGGAGAUGGAGACAUCAGGAGACACUUGGUGGGGACGUGGGGAUGGUGGCCACCAUGAUCUUGUGGAGAUGGGGACAUCAGGGGACAUG